GUCAUGAUUUAUUGGGUAACUGAGUCAAUUACCACAUCAGUACGUUUAUAUGCAGAGAACUUCUCUAAAGAGAAUAGAACCUUACAGUUAGAAGGUGUCCCUAUUGAGGUACCAACAGCCUUAGCAUUAUUUAAAAAUGAAUUUUAUUAUACUCCACCAAGUCUUGUGGCUGAAAGGUAUAAGAAUGUUUUGCAAUUGAGCGAUAUUCCUGAUGGAGGACACUUCGCAGCAAUGGAGGUCCCGCAAAUGUUGGCUGAUGACAUCUGGCAAGCCGUUGAAAAAAUACACAGAUACAGGCGUUACAUUUAUCGAGAAUAAUUUUAAAAAACUUUAAAAAUAGCGUUAGAUAUAUCAUAUUAUCGUAUUAUAACUAAAUCAUUUCAACUGUAUGGAUGUUUCAUUUAAUACAAUAUUUAAAACAUU